CAUAUAUACCUUGACAUAUCCAUUAGACAAAUCAUAGAUAUUUAGUAUUUAUUAAUUUAUAACAUAAAAACGCUCUUCCAUUCAAACUGAGCGUUACUUCUAUUACGUUAUAUUUUCUUCAUUGAAUAGAUCCCUUGGAAACUGGAGGCCUCAGAGAGGCUUGUGUGUUGCAUUAACCAAAAUAAUUGUAAAAAGACUGCUAAAUCUUAGGAAAUAGGCCUUCCUGUCAAGGAACUCGCUAUGGCAAUGAGCAGCAGUUCUCCAGCAAUGAUCAGAGGCUCCUACACGGGCCAGAUGGUUCCAGUUUCACAAUCAGGUGGCCAGGGUUCUCAACAAGGUGUGGAAUCUUCACAGACACAGACACAUACUCAAAAAAGCACAGCAUUUUUAUGUAAGGCGGGAUGUGAAGCCGUUCAAGACAUUGUCAUGAGGACUUGUGAGGUGUUUUCUCAUCUGAGAAAUAUGCCACUUCCAAAUGGUACAAGUCAAGGCACACAGUUAAGCAAUGAGAAAAAAAUUCGUAUUCAGGAGAAUCUUAAUGCCAUUCAGCGUCACUUUAAACCCCUCCGAGCAAUUUACACCCGGGUUAAUGACGAUUGUGCAGGAAUGGAAUAUACUCACAUUGAGAGCUUAAUUCCUUACAAGGACGAGGCAGACAACAGACCAGAUUACAAGAAAAUUGGUGAAAAUUAUCGUCAUCUUGUGGAGGAAUCUAGGGAACUCAAAGAGACGUGAAACUGGAUCGAUAGUGCAGAAUCCUGUGUGACCACUACAUCUCCGUGUAUUGUUGAACUCGGGUUCUCCUCGUCAUCUUCUUUGAAGCCUUCGACAUACACCUGCAUUUUAAAGUGGCGAGGCCUGUAACGCCACAAAUAGCCAGUAUCCAGUCCCUGCUUGCCUGACCGUCUUGUACAACUGCCGGCCGUGGCAGUAUAGGCGGAACCAGCCACUGCAUCAUAAGCUGUGAGGCCUGCCUAGCAACUUCCUCGCCUCUCUUUACCGGACAGAAGUCAGCGUUUAGAGCACCUCUGACGUCAAAGCUUCACUACCACCUGGCACAUCCAGAGUUGAUCGUUUUCGUUGCUGCAGUAUAAUAUGUAGCUGUAGGCUAGUUGAUUGGUAUAUUGUAUCAUUCUCAUAAAAGUGUACCGUUGACUAUUAUGUUUUCGGGAAAUUUUUCAAGUAGGAAAGUGUUAAGUGUUAACUGCCAGUAGGCUAUUGACAAACUCCAAAUUACUCUUACAGUAUUACCACCCAACCACUUUGACUGGAUGGUAGAACGACGGUCUCGCUUCAUGCAGGUCUGCAUUCAAUUCCCAACCGUCCAAUUGGUUGGGCACCAUUCCUUCCCCCGUCAUAUCCAACAUCCUAAUCCUGACCCCUUCCAAGUGCUAUAAAGGCGUUAUAGCUUGGCGCUUUCCCUGACAAUUAAUUAAUUACAGUAUUACCAUAAACGCUAAGCGAAUCUUGUCCUUAGGCCAAAAUUUCAUAUAUUUAUGAGAAUAUGAUUAAGUUUCAUUCUUAAUUAAUAAAGUAUGUAAAACUAAUAUUUCUUUGAAUUGUAGUAGCUAUAUGUAAGUUUACCCUGAGUUAUGUAAAGUCACCUCAUUGUCCCAAAAGAUUUUCUCAUGUGAAGGUGUCACCUGAAUUCUGGGAACAUCACUUGCUUGUCAUCACACUAGAACCAUGUACAUGACCUCCCAAAACCCAGUGAUUGAUAAAGAUUAAGCCACACACAAAAAGUGGCAGAGGCAUGAAUAGCCCGUAAGAAAUCCAGUGUUGUUGUUAUAGAUUCAGCUACUCGGAACAAGUUCCAAGUAGCACGGGCUAUGG